GAUCUCGAACACGAGGUGUAAAUUGAGGUGUACGAUGAAGACAACGGAACGAUUCCUUCUCCUGAUGGCAUUCUUGCCUCUCACGACGCAAGAGGAAGUUUCGGGGGAUGUAUGCAGUUGCGCAGUGUUUCCAGUUCCGGGGACGAAGUCAAUAAUAGAACACAGACUACAAUACAAUGUGAGUUGCGAUCAAGAAGGCACAGAAAAAUGUCAACAAUUAUGUAUCGCCUUGGCUGAAAAUGUUCGAGAUAAAGCACCACUGUUGAUUUGCGAAAAGCUGAAGACCCAUGUCGAAAACUUGAAGGUGGCUGUAUAUAUGAAAUCGUGUAAUAUGGCUCUUUGGACAUCCACUGGUUUGGAGAGCACCGAGCCCAUUUGCUGUCACGAAGGGAAGGCGGUUAUUUGUGAUGAGGCGAUGUCGAUAAUAGAGAAUUAACGAGCUUGCAUCCAAUUCAUUAUUUCUCGCUUAUUUCUACCACUAACGAGUACCUUACUAUUGAUUACAUAAUAACGUGCGGUGUAAUCAAUAUACCACUGCUUGCUACAUUAUACGCGUAUAAUUUUUAACUCGAUAUUCGCAAUUAGCAAUUUUCUAUAUGAUUUGUAAGAAUAUACGUGUACACACACACACACACACACACACACACAAAC